GAGCGAGAGGGAGAGAGCGAGAGCGAGCGCAGUAUCCCCACACGUCAGGGACUAGCAGACCACCAGCUCGCCUGUCUACAGCUACACACGCCCUCGAUCGAAAACAGGCCCACUGCCGACCACCUGCGACAAGAUGUACCAUUCUGACCACGGUGUCGACUUCCCUGACCUCCCCUUCCACAUCCCUGGUAGCCCUGCAGAGCUGGGCCCAGCAAACAGAGUGUGAACACAACCAUCAACACAUCACACUUCUACCUUCGCCCCCACAGAGCCCCCCUCAGCUGCUUUAGCUCCAGUCAAACCCUCGCUCCUCUCGAGCCAUGGAUAGCCCUCCGAAACUGUCUGGCGAGACCCUGAUUGUGCAUCACAUUCCCCUGGUGCACUGUCAGGUGUCAGGGGGGCGGCAGGGUGGCUGUGGGGGCUCGCUGAAGAGGAGCAACCCGUUCAGUCCGCCGGAGAACCUGGGCUUGAGUCGCACCACUUCCCUUCCUGAGAGAGACAUCCUCCAGAGAGAGGCUCUGCUCUACAGCAGCCUGAUCCAGACCUCCAGCGGCUCUUGGUCCUCCCACAACGGAGGAAGAGAGAGGAACGGUGGCGGGGGAGGAGGCAGCACAGCGAGUGAUGAUUCAUCAUUUACCUCGAGCAAUUCAGAGGACCAGCUGAUUACAGCUCACACAUUGCCCAGAGCUAAACCAAGGAGCAGGAAUCCGUUGCGUCAUAAUCCGUUCCUGCUGAAUACCGAAGAUGGUGAAGAAGAAGAAGAGGAGGAAGAUGAUGGUGACAACCUCAGCGGUUACCUCGAGGACUCCUCUUUUCACCUCCACAGUGACACUAACUGUGCCCUUGAUGACGGGAUGGCUCCUUUUCGCUUACAUGACCUUGGCUUUGCCUCUGAGCCCUUUCGUUUGCACAGCUCAGUGGGAAGAAGCGGCCGUGAGUCCCUGAGGGGUGUAGCUUCAGGUCUCUCCAACCGCCAGGCAGGCCUGGGCAUAUUAGGUCUGGACAGCCAGCGCCGCCAUGGAAGCAGUGGUUCCAACAUAUCCAUGGACUGUGGAGAGCAAGAUUGGGGAGACGAUGAUGAAGAAGAUGAAGAUCAUCCUAUGCGGUGCGGGCGAAGCAGUAAGACGGGCUCGUACUUAUCAGAUUCCUCGACCCAGCACUGCUCCUGCUGUGCACUAUCCCAGAACUACCCCCAGCACUUUCCUGAAGCCUUCCCUGAGCCUUUUUCAGAGUGCCAGCAAGGCUAUGGCAGCGAUUCCUCCUGCAACAGCUCGGAUGGCGUGCUCGUCAACUUCAGCGCCAUUUACAACAAGAUGAACAACGCUGUACCGGAGAAGCCCCCAGUCCCUGGGCACACCAACCUCAACAGCUCCAUUGACCACUCCGGCACCUCAUCUGUUUCUGAUCCAUCAGGAAACCAGCGAGACUCAACUGGAGGGGCUUUCUAUUUAGACCUUCACACCUCCCCAACUGAACCUCCCCUGACACAGCAACAACCCUCCUCUCUUGGCAACAUCUUCCCUCUCAUCCGUGAACAACACCUGUCCACCUCCUCCACCUGCCCUUGCUCUGUGGAGCACCAGGGGGCUCUUGACCUCGACGCCAACUGCAAUUCCUACCACCCAACACAUUCUGGGUCAUCCGGAGACCUUGCAUCCUGUCUGCAGAGCCAGGCCCGGUUGGUUGUCGCCACCCAGAACUACUACAAGCUGGUCACGUGUGACCUUUCGUCCCAGUCAUCCCCGAGUCCCGCAGGCUCCUCGGUCAACAGCUGCUCCGAUGAGCACAGCAAAGGCAGCCCCACCCCGACUCAGCCCAGCGAGUACUUCCUGUUCAGACAGCAGGCUGAAGAGGAAGGCGUGGAGGAAGAGGACGAAGACGGAGAGUCAUCUAGGGGAGACGAUAAGGAUGAUAAUGACAAUAAUGAAGAGGAGGAGGAGGAGGAGGAGAAGAAGAAGAAAAAGAAUCAGCAGGUGGCUAAUGGGGCUGACGCUGCUUCUGCUGUGAUUGAGGGCCAGGUGUACGUCAACAUCUCCCCUCCUGUGGUCGGCCGGGUUGUUAACGGAGGUGGAACCUCUUCAGGAAGUCGUCCCCGUUCUCGCAGCUACGACCGCAACCUGGACAAGUCUCCGUCUCCUCGGCUCGGGUCCCUGGAGCGUAUGUUGAGCUGCCCUGUCCGCCUCAGUGAGGGCGGCGCCCCAGCCCUGCCGACUCCUCCCCGGGUCACCUCCUUCGCGGAGAUUGCCAGAAGCAAAAGAAGAAACGGAGGCACAGGGGGGUCGCCAUCGCUGAAGGCAGCUGCAGACCCUUUCUCCUCCACCCACUCCCACUCCUCCGUGGAUUUCUCUCCGAUCCUGGAGCAGCGUGUGGAGGCUGGCAGUCAAAGCCUGUCACCUGUACCCUUUACCAGAUGUUACAGCCAAGGCAGCAUUGAACGACACCUGGAAGGGGCGAGGGAGACCCGGACCAAGGCCGAGGGUGGUCUCUCCAGCUCCUCGGACAGCCGGCCGGCGGUGGUCCGCUACAGCAGGGACCAGCGGCCCACCACUCUCCCCAUCCAGCCCUUCACCUUCCACCACCAAUUCACCUCCAAACCCCCGCAGCCAAAGCCUCUGCUGCCCCUGCUCACAGGCUACGUCUCUGGGAUGCAGGCCCGCUGCACCUCUGGCCCUGGUUCUGGCCCUGGCUCUGGAGGUCCAGCGGUGGAGGACAGCGAAGAUGCAGCUGAAAAUGUGCUUCGGUACCAGGGGGCUCAAGCUGGGGCGGCCCCUCCACCAGGAUCAGUUCGUCCCUCACCUCUUGGGAGCUACUCCCCGGUUCGUCUCCAGGGGGCACCCAGCCCUGGGACCUGCUCCACCUGCACCCCAAGCCCCCAGCGGCCACACAGCCUCUCCUGCCCACUUUCAGCAGGCCUCAGCCCCCAGCACACCCCAGCGACUGUAAAACAGGGAGGGGGUUCAGCACCUCUACCGCCAACCCCUCCGCCUCCAUCCCUGGGCGUGAAGAGAGGGGCGGUGCCACCAACGCUGCCGGAGGUGCAGGGACACUGUUUCCACCGCGGAGCUCUGCCCAGUUUACCGCCACUCCACAGUGACACACUGAGCCCACUGGGCUGUCUGGACUCUGGAAAGCACGGGGAGGGAAGCAAAGGGCCUGGAUCCAGGACACAUAAUGCACACCACCUCUCUCCCCAGGCCCUCAAAUGGAGGGAGUACCGUCGGCGAAACCCGCUGGGGGUGGAGAGGGUCCCGGGCGGCCACUCUGGCGUAGGAUCAGGCGGGGGUACGCGACCUGCCAGACGCAACGUGUUCGAUUUCCCCUCAGUGCCCUCUAGACACACGCUGGGACGGCUUAAUGUGGGCCAAGCAGCUAAGCUGCAGCAGAGCUACAACGAUUUCCUGCCGGACUACUUCUCCCUGACCGAGAAGCCGCCGGAGGAGUUCUGCCUCUCCCCUGACUCUUCAACUUCAUCCUCCUCCUGCUCUUCCUCACAGUCCCACGUCUCUGUGGACCUGACACAGAAGAGAGGUUUGGUGAAAGCCGUGAACACAGCGGUGGAUCUGAUUGUGGCUCACUUCGGCACCAGUCGGGACCCAGAUGUGAAGGCUAAGCUGGGGAACAGCUGGGUGAGUCCCAACGUGGGUCACCUCAUCCUGAAGUACCUGUGCCCAGCCCUGCAUGAGGUGCUGCAGGACGGCCUGAAGGCCUACGUGCUGGACCUGAUCAUCGGACAGCGCCGCUGUCAGCCCUGGAGCCUGGUGGAGGCCUCCACACAGCUGGGCCCGUCCACACGUGUCCUCCACAGUCUGUUCUCGAAGGUGAGCCAGUACUCAGAGCUCACCAGCCACAGCAUGAGACUGAACGCCUUCAUCUUCGGCCUGCUCAACCUGAAAUCUCUGGAAUUCUGGUUCAGUCACCUCUACACACAUGAAGAUAUUAUAGCAGCACACUACAACCCGUGGGGUUUCCUUCCCCUGUCGCAGGGGGCGUGCCAGCCCCUCUUUGAGGAGCUCCUCCUCCUCCUGCAGCCACUGUCGCUCCUCCCCUUCGACCUGGACCUGCUGUUUGAACCACAUCUCCUCCAAAAGGGCCAGGAGCAUCUGCGUCGCAAGGAGCAGCUGUGCUCCGCGGGCCAGAGUGUGGACCAGUCGGCUCGCUCCACCUUCCAGCUCAUGAGAGGAUGGAGCACCACUGUAAGCGAAAUGGUCGGAGACUCGAGCGCGGAGGUGAAAAGGGAGAGGGCGGGGCUGAGACGAGAGGGAACAUGGCCGACCACGGAAGGAGCCAAGUCCAGAAGAGAGGGAGCAGGAGUAAAAUCGAGGAUGAGGAAGGAGGGGGGAACAACGGAAAGUAUGGAAGAUGGACCUGUUAGCAGACUAACAAUGAUGGAAGUAGGGUUUGCCAAUCUCUGGAAGGAGAGGGGGACGGGUGAGCAGAGAGUAAAAGGUGUAGGGCAAGAGAACCAAGGUGAAGGUGAGGAUGGACAAGAGAAGGACAGGAGGAAGAAAAAAGACAGGGAUCCUGCAGAUGAGGGGCGUCAGCGUCAAGACAGACAGGCUGGCUGGUGGUACCAGCUCAUGCAGUCCUCCCAGGUCUACAUCGACCAGUCCACAGAGGGGUCAAAGUUUGUUAAGACCGAGAGGAGGAGGAAGUCAUCAGAGAGACGCCAGAGUCAACUACCGCCCACCAGAGAGGGAGUGGUGGAGGGGGCCGAGUCAAGCCAAGAUGAGGAGGGCUACAGAAGCAGGGAAAGCAACAGUAGCUCCAGCGGGGAGUCAGCUGGAUCCAGGGGAAGGCCUUCAUGGAUGGGCAGCCCACCAGAGUCGGUUCUCAACCAGGAGAAAGAGACAAAACCUCCGGAGGUUACUGGGACCGGAGCGAAAGCUGCAGCCCAGGAGGAGAGCCCCUCACAGGGACAGAGUUUGCGCUGGGGCAGGCUCUUUGGAUCUAGCGUUGGUUCUCCUUCCAGAGUGGAGGGAGCUGAACAGAGGUCAAAAGGUCAAAAGACCAGACCCCCGUCAGGUUGGCUUGGUCUGGAUAGGUCUGUUCUCGACCUCGUAGCUCAGACUAUUGGAGCAGGGAGCGGGAAGAAGGCCGAGCCUCCGGCCACUCUCGCUCACGCCCAAAACACACCCCCACCAACGUCGAACCAACCGGCUGAAGCCAAACAACGGUCUACAUGUGAAGUACGAGCAUUGUGCCACCACAUAGCCACCGAGCCCGGCCAGCUGAGCUUCAACAAGGGCGACAUCCUGCGGGUCCUGAGCAAGGCCGAUCCGGACUGGCUGCUCUGCUCCCUGGGCUCCACGCAGGGCUUAGUUCCCAUCAUCUACGUCACCCUCAAAAGCAUGGAGGACAGCCAGGAAGCCACCGGACUCGGGCAGUGCCGCGCGGAACCUUCCAUCAAGUGGAAGUAAAGCAAAAGACGAAGGCAAACCGCUUUGGAGACAGAGGCCUCCCCUGCCACAUACCUACUGACAACAAAAAUCUGUUUUUGUGUACAUUGAGGAGUGUUCCUGAAAAAUAAACCUUGUAGAAAAAAUAUGAAGACGAUGAAGACAAUGUACAGACACAUGCGAGGGAAGCAUGCAGGCUCUAACACAAACGCACAUCCACUUCAAGGGUACAUCCAGACCAAGUACGCAUGCAUACAUCCAAAAAAACCAAAAGACCAGACAAGAAACAAACCCAAAGACUCUCAAACACACGCUUCUUUCUCUACCUGAAGCUCGUGUGCUACUAGCUUACCCACGUGACUGUCCAGUCUGUUUAUCAUCCAUCUCUGCUUUCAACAGAACAAGGAGGGCCUACACGCAGAUGGUAGUCUUCACUAUACGAUAUUCUCUAUACCGGGCCUAGCUGCACUUUGCUGUACCGUCUGCACAUUCACCUAGCUGUGCCGCACUUUGAACACAGUGCUCUGUUGCACCUGCCAGUCGUGAGACAGGUUGGUUUGACGUCCUCUUGCUUACGUAGUGCCGGCGGAUCUUUUGAAUUCACGCAGAAGCCAGCGAACCUUUGCUUUUUUUUUUCUUUGGUAAGAUUAAAGGUGGUUGAUGUAAAAGCAGAAAGUUGUUAGCUUCACGUUCCGCCUCUGCUCCAACUGCAGAGUUGUUGUUCACCAUAUUAUUAUGAUGGAGUGGAAAACAACACGGGGGUUUGUUUAGAUGGCUGUUCGACCCUAGUGAAAAGGAAGCCAAAAAAAGGGAAGUUUAAAUCUUUUCCCAUCCCCAAUCUGUCUUAUUUGAUCACUGCUUCAUUGGAGAAGAAGGGACAGAUGGACGGACAAGCAAACGGACAGAUUGGCUUCUAUUCUUCCUCUCUGCUCACAGGUCCCACCACAGCUGGGAUGAAUCAGUAGCUGACGUGGUUUAAGUGCAUGUAACCCUGCCAAAAUGUUGACUUUUUCCCUACAUACCCCCCCCCCCCCCUCCAAAAAUCUUUCAUCACUUCACGCCUUUUGCGGACGACGCGAUCGGGCGAGUUGGCUACAGUCUCAGCUGUCCGUGUGCGUUUGAUCCCCCGGUCCAUGCUGUAAAUGCAUAUAUGACUUACACAAUGUGGCGGGAGGUUCUAUUUAUUUAUUACCCCUGUUCCAUUCGCCGAGGGACGUGUCUAAGUGGACGGCUGCCGAAAACGGGGAGGGAUGUCCAAUGAAAGCGAAACACGGCCGUGGAGAUGUCUUACUGAAUGUGUUGGGGGUUUGCCCCGGCCUGGAAGAUCUUCAAAAUGAUUAGCAUCAGUGAAAUGUUUAGCAUUUAGAAAGGGGUGGAUGGAUCUUAUCUAUGCCUUAAAGCGCGCGGGGGGGGGGGACUGCCCUGUUGGACACUUCAAGGCUAGUGACCUAAUAUUUGUCCUGACGUUACAGUAUAUUUUCUACAUGCCAUGAUGUGUCCAACUUGACGUUCCCCCAGAUUUUUGUCCACAGAGAUUCUUGUUGACUUCAAAGACAAGUUAUAGUGAAGAAAUAGAGAUCUAUGGUGACAUAUUAUUUUAUUUUAUUUUAUUUUUUUGAUGCUUAAAGGGAAACCCCAACACAUUUUGGGACGGAGGCUUCAUGGGCAUUCCUGUGCUAGUACGUACAAAAAAAAUGUGGCCUUAGGUUCACAAAUGAGUUGACAGAGAGCAAAAACUACGGCUAUAUACAGUGUAACUGGAUCGACUGAGUGUAUACAGAUGCCCAAUCCAAAUAUUACACAUUAUGAAACGGUAAAAUCCAUGUACAUUUAUUGAAUAAAUGAACACUCGUGUAGUUUUUGAAAAACUUACAUAGGAUAUAAUUUUACCAUUUAGAUGUUCUUUUUGUUGCGUUAUUGUACAGUUUUUAUUUUUAAGUAUGAUUUUUAACAUUCAGUUUCACCAAAAUGAUUAAUAUUUAAUUCUCACCGAGGUGUAAAUAUAUUUAAAUCCUUCAGUGAUUAAUUUCUGCCAUAGAUCUAUAUGUAUAAAUGUUAUUAAUGCGUUUUAUGUUAAAUACAGGAAGCAAGUAUAAGCUUUAGUUUCAGUGCUAACAACCUGCUGACUAUUAUACGAGUUGCCCUCGGUAGUGGAAGCUGUGAUUUUCGGUCCUCCAGGCAGUUUGGUGUUCAUUGACAUCCAGUUCAGACUUCACAUGGGACAGAAAGAAAUAAACACAUAGUAGCGAUUAAACCAGAGAGACGAGGAGGCUCAGGGGCAGGAGGCAAAGACAGACUGGCUUUUGAUUUGGCAUUUGAUGAGCUGAGAUGAGCUUUAAAAAGCUGCACGUGCAGGAGUGACGUAAAAGAGGGAGAGAGAGGAGUCUUGUGUCUUCUCUCUCCCUCUCUCUCUCUCUCUCUCUCCUGGCCGCCUCCUCCUGCCUGUAAAUACCUUCAGCAUCAGCGACGCUGCUCUCCUCUCUGUGUCCAGGCUAUAUGACGUGUACGUAUGACAUUAUCAAACUACUAUGGAUGUUAAAUAACAAAGUGCUCAUGUGAUCGCAAACCUAAAUGGCUCCCGAGUCUUUUGUCCUCUUUCCGCAGCGCACCGUUGAAGCGGGUUCCCCACCCAAACCCUUUUGGCGAUGAUACACUCUGCCCGUUCGGAAAUGACAUAUGACUGUAAAAGGGCUGUACUUUGCUCCAUCAAAGGAAAGGAGGGCUGUGGAUUCCCAGAGUGGUGUAGAACGGUUCCGAACUAAUUCCAAACUUUUUGGCUUUUGCCAAAACACGGUCCUUCCAGCCGUCAUAUUUGCUCUUUUCAAGGCCGCUACUCGUCGGGCGACCUGACAAAACCACCUCCAGACUGAUUUUUAGUAUCAGUUAAUGUCAAGUUUACUUAUUGGCUCCUAUCUACGUCAGUCAGACGGUACUUUCUCGACUAAACAAAUCACCUGACGGUGGUUCUCCCCGACGGUGGUCGAGCAGAAGGCUCAGGCUUGAAUCGAUGGCGCUGCACCAGUGUGACAGGUCACACGCCACGGCUGAGGGAGAAGUUGUUGUUUGGGUAAAAAAUAUGAGUGUUUGGAACAUUACAAGCAUGUAAGCGGAGAGCAGAGAACUCAGUUCUGCUCCAGGAUUUCUCACCAGCAGAUGGUGCAAAUGUGUCAGGGAGAGCGAUAUAUCAGCCGCAAGUUCACUGAGUUCCAACACAUGGGCUUUUCACACGAUGCCAAUUUACAGUAGUGGAGACAUACAAUGUUAACAAUUGUACGUAUUUUCUUUCUCCUUUUUACCUAUUGUCUUUUCAGUCGAGCUAAAGUGUCUGGCAGUCAGUUUCCUUUCCGAGGAAACUCCGGUGAGUCUGAACUGACUCUGAAGCUGUGCUCGGAGCCUUACAGGAUCCUGUUGACUUAACAUCAGAUUUUACAUUAACACCGGGGUUGGGUUUUGGUAACAACACACCUGGUAAGUUGACGUGUCUCACUCAUCAAUAGUUCUUAACCUACGUACCUAAACCUGAGAACAUGCUAAGCUUCCCAAAGAUACAAAGCAGCCCUGCUGAUUCUUGACUGAAUUUCUAUGAAAUGAUGCACAACCGUGUGGUAUUUCUGUAUUUGGUGUUAUGGUGCAGCCGCAAGAGAACAUGGCGGCGGAAAACACUGCAUACGUGCUACUUAGUACGGCGUGCACAAUUGGUCUCUCUAAACUUAAAAGAUACUUCAGGGGGGAAUCAGGGUUCAAGAGGCAAACUCCUGAUGUAUCGCCUGCCCGUCGACAAAAAGCUCUCACAAAAGCCAGGGGGAUUCAUUUAAGACCGGCUAAGUCUAAGUGUUGGACAUUUGGCUCUCGUCAGGUAAGUUAAGCUGCCGUGUUGGCAGGUAGCCGACAGUCAUUUUGCUGCUGGCCCUUAAUACCAAUCAAUCAUCGUCCCGGUGCCUCAGCCUGUCGGAGCGUUGGUACUGACCGUGUGCUUCCCCAUGUGGCCCCAGUUUGCCAUCUUCUCAUGGCCGCUUCCCGCAGGAUAACGCACCGGGUCACAAAGCAAAAGUCGUCUCAAAACUGGCUUCACGAACACGACAAUGAGUGAACUUCAGUGGACCUCAGUGGCCUCCCCAGUCACCAGUCCUGAAUCCGGCGGCACUACCCCUGGCAUGUGAGAGAACGGGAGAUCGCCAGCACCAAUGCGCAGCUGACAGACCUGCGGAAAGUCGUGUCAGCACGGACCACAAUCUCAGAGGAAAGUUAAAGUGCGAAAUGUUCCGAUACGA